CUGCCCUUUGCCGCCGCCCCCCCUUCCUCGCCCUCCCCCCCUUCUUCCUCCUCCUCCUCCCCCUCCUCUUCCUCCAUCGCCCGGACUCCCACCGACCCAGAUCCACCCAGAUGGGGUAGCCGAUCUCGAUGGGCCGUGCAGAAGAGCUGAGCGUCCCGUGGCGAGCUGACUGAACCUCGGGGACAAGCCAUGGUCAGCUUUCUGCAGCUUCUCCUGGCUUGGCUGGGAGGGUGUGGCUGCGCAGGCCGCCUCGUGCCCCCCAGCCAAGGAGCCAAGGAUGGAUCCUUCCGGGGAAACCUGUCUCAGCGUUGGGAGAGGCCGCUCUUCAGGACUCGCCGCAGCUGGGUUUGGAACCAGUUCUUCGUAAUUGAGGAAUAUUCGGGCCCAGAACCUGUUCUCAUUGGAAGGUUGCACACGGAUGUGGAUCGUGGGGAGGGCCGCAUCAAGUAUGUCUUGACCGGAGAAGGGGCAGGCACUGUCUUCGUCAUUGAUGAGAAGACGGGCAACAUCCAUGUCACCAAGACGUUGGACCGAGAGGAGAAGGCCCAGUACACUUUGCUGGCUCAAGCGGUGGAUCGGGCGUCCAACCGGCCUCUGGAGCCACCCUCGGAGUUCAUUAUCAAAGUCCAGGACAUUAAUGACAACCCACCCGUCUUCCUGCAGGGCCCCUAUCAUGCCACCGUGCCGGAGAUGAGCAAUGUCGGUACGUCCGUGAUCCAGGUGACGGCCCACGACGCGGAUGAUCCGACCUACGGGAACAGCGCCAAGCUGGUCUAUACGGUACUCGAGGGCUUGCCGUUCUUCUCCGUCGACCCCCAGACGGGUGUGAUUCGGACAGCCACUCCCAAUAUGGACCGUGAAACUCAACAGGAAUUUCUGGUUGUGGUGCAGGCCAAGGACAUGGGAGGCCAUACUGGUGGAUUGUCCGGAAGCACAACUGUCACGGUCACGCUUAGUGACGUCAACGAUAACCCUCCUCGCUUCCCACAGAGUUCUUACCAGUUUUCUGUGGUGGAAACGGCAACUCCUGGGUCUGCAGUGGGGAGACUGCGCGCACACGACCCCGACGAAGGGGAGAACGCCCUGCUUGCCUACAGCAUCCUGGAUGGAGGAGAUGGAGCCGAGGCCUUUGCCAUUCACACGGACAUGUUGGGACAGGAUGGGAUCAUUACUUUGAAAAAGCCUCUGGAUUUUGAGUCCCGCCACUCUUACACCUUCCGAGUCGAAGCCACCAACACGCAGAUCGACCCUCAGUACAUCCGGAAGGGCCCCUUCAAGGACGUGGCCACCGUCCGGGUGACGGUAGAAGAUGCGGACGAACCCCCGGUCUUCUCCCGUCCCGAGUACCAUCUGGCCGUUUAUGAGAACGGCCCACCAGGGACCCUGGUGGGCAAAGUCACGGCAGUGGACCUUGACACCCCCAGCAGUGUCAUCCGAUACUCCAUCCUGCCGCACACGGACCCCGAGCGCUAUUUCAGCAUCAACCCGCAGGAUGGCGCCAUUCUGACCUCGGUGACACUCGACCGAGAGGUUUUGCCCUGGCACAAUAUGACCGUACUGGCAACGGAACUUGACAGCCCCACACAAGGUUCCCAAGUCCGUGUGGCCGUUCAAAUCCUGGAUGUCAACGAUAACCCACCCCAGCUGGAGCAGAGCUACGAGCCUUUCGCCUGUGAUAACGCUGCCCCAGGCCAACUGGUGCAGCUGAUCCGAGCAGUCGACCGAGAUGAGGAUGGUAACACAAGCCGUAUCAUCAUCCGUUCCCCAUCUGGGAUCAGAGAGCCAAACGUCACUGUGCGGGAUAACAAGGACAAUUCGGCCUCCUUGUUGCUCCGCGUUACCCGUCUGCCACCCCAAGGCGGGUUUCUGCUCGUGCCCCUGGAACUGGUGGAUGGCGGUUCCCCGACUCGCACGGGAUCCCCGACUCUGACAGUCAGCAUCUGCCGAUGUCGGCGAGACGGGGCCAUGCAGACGUGUGGUCCUGAGGCGCUUGGAUCUCCUGCUGGCCUCAGCACCGGUGCUUUGCUCGCCAUCCUGGCCUGUGUUGGUACCCUACUUGCCCUGGUGCUGCUCUUUGUCGCCCUCCGGAGGCAGAAACAGACUGCGCUGCUGCCCUUUGAGGAAGAAGACGUUCGUGAGAACAUCAUCACUUACGACGACGAAGGUGGCGGAGAAGAAGACACCGAGGCCUUCGACAUGGCUGCCCUGCAGAAUCCAGACGCCGCCCCUCCACCCUCACAGCAACGGCGCCUCCUCCGGCGGGACGUCCUGCCCCGUCCACACUUCCCACCAUCGCUGUCCACCCGGGUACCACCGCAGCCCCACGAUGUGGCCAGUUUUCUGACAGCCCGUUUGACCGAGGUGGACGCCGAUCCUUCCGUGCCUCCGUAUGACUCCCUCCAGGUGUACGGCUACGAAGGCCAGGGCUCCUCUGCCGGGUCUCUCAGCUCCCCCGGAUCUUCCUGCGCUGGGGACAGCGAUGGUGGCGGGUACGAGUAUCUGGAAGAAUGGGGGCCUCUCUUCCGAACGCUGGCCGAGCUGUACGGUGCACCAGAGGGUCCUCCUCCAACUUGAGCCCUCUUGGGCCCGAUGCCUCCAUGGAAGAGCGUAGACCUCGAUCCCCUUCCUCUGUUUUCGGUUGCUCGUUCUCUGUUCCGUCCACCAGCUUCCUUGUUCUCAGUUUGGGAUUUGUCCAUGACAAGCUCCAUCACCUCAUGGGUUCCCAAAUCCUUCCUAUUUACCUCCUUUUGUUUUGCUGUAUCUGUUUCUCACCGAUGUUUUUCCUUCCAUUUUUUAUGUCUGUACAUCCUGUUUUUCCUUUCCUUUCCUCUUUCUAUCUUCCUUUCCUUUCCAUUCCAUUCCUUUCUCUUCUCUUCUCUUCUCUUCUCUUCUCUUCUCUUCUCUCCUCUCCUCUCUUUUCUUUAUUUUCUAUAUCAUUCAGGGUUCUCGUCCCACUCUGUCCACCAUCCACUUUAUUCUCGUUUCCUCGUCUUCUCUUCCUCUUUUCAAUUGCUCGUAUCCUAUUUCCCCCCUCUGUCUCGACUACCUUUCCCGACCCGUCCUGUCCCGUUUUGCAAGGGCCCUCUUUUAAUUUUGACACGAUUUGUGCUGUGUUUCUUACGUUUCCUUCCCCCCCGUCCCCGCCCGAAUUCCUAAUAUCUAAAAUAUUCUAUGCAUUCAUCUUUCCCCCCAAAUCCCUUGGUUCCAGACUCCCUACCUUCCUGGAUCCUAUACUAUCCAGUCUUGCCAGCAUGGAUUGACCUUUCAUUCAAACUGCAUCUCCCAAGCCCUGACCGCAGAACCAAACCGCCCAGCUGACCGUCGGGUCUCUUCAAUUCUAUCGGUGGAGUUUGCAGCGCCGUGGAAGGACUAAAAACGUGGACUUUGGGCCGGUCUCCUUUCCGACACCAAAGGGACGGGGCAAAAAAAAAAAAAAAAAACGCUGCGUCUCCGGACUACUGUUAUUCAGUCUAGGGAGUUCAGGCAAAAUCGGUGUCAGGUGGGAACAUCCAUGUUAUAAUUUCGUAAUAAACGAUUUAUUUUCUAAAAAAAA